AUUGAUCGUAUUGGUGGUUCGGCCCAAAAAUGAGGUCGGAGUGCUAUCACAACCUCACUCUCGAUGGAGGCGUUAAAAAACGUGUUCUUACAGAAGGCAGUGGUACACCACCACAAGCAAAUCAAAGAGUAUGGAUACAUUAUGUUGGAAAAUUAGAGAAUGGAGAAAUCUUUGACUCCAGUAGAGAACGAGGACAGCCCCUUUCAUUUCGUUUAGGAAAAAGAAGUGUUAUAUUAGGCCUUGAAAUUUUGGUGGCCACGAUGAAGGUCGGUGAAGUUUGUGCAGCAUCCUUGACUCCGGAAUAUGCAUUUGGUUCUGAAGGACGUAGAAAGAGACAAAUGACUUUACAAAAGAAUUCGAAAAAAGAUCGAAAUAAGAAACACUAUUGUGUUCCUCCCAAUGCCAAUGUUUUUUUUGAGGUCGAACUGAUGGAAUUGGCUGCCCUAACACCAGAAAAGGCUUUGCAGUCGUUAUCUCCCGAAGAAAAACUGAGAAAGGCUGCAGAAUUGAAAGACAGAGGAAAUUCGUAUUACAAAGAGUUGAAAUUUAUUCUUUCAAGAGAGUGCUAUGAAGAAGCAAUUCGAAUAUUGGAAUAUUUUUGGCAUCCUAAGAACGACUCAAAACAUCAAACAAACGGAUACGAUGACGCAGACAAAUGGAAUGAAAAGAAUAUACAGGAUGAAGUGAAUUCGAUGAAAGUAGCCAUACUGUCCAAUAUAGCUUUAACUUAUUUCAAACAAGAUCGUUUCCAACAAGCUGAACAAUAUGCAACUGCCACCCUGAAGCUGGAUAGCAAUAAUGUAAAAGCGUUAUUUUGUCGUGGAAGAGCUCGCAUGCAACUUGCAGAGCUACAAAGUGCCAAGGAAGAUUUGCUUCAGGCUGCCAAAUUACAACCUCAAAACAAGGAUAUUCGACGUGAAUUGGAUGAACUUCAAAAGAAACUGGUAAAAUACGGAAAGCAAGAGAAAGCAACGUACAGAGCUAUGUUCGAAUGACUGAGUGUUCUUCUUAGAUGCAAAGGUUUUAGUAGAAUAAAAGGCAAAUUUUCAUUGCAAGUAAAUAUGUAUUGAGAAUU